AUGGACAGGUCUGCCAAAGCAAGCAGUGAACAGCCCUCCAUCUCGGCAACAAAAAAAUUUGACGUCAACUCGAUGUUGGCUAAGGUUGUGAACGUCGGGAAGCCCGGAACCGGUUUCACGUCGACAAUUCCGGAAAGUGAUAUAAUGGAUAUGAACAAGUUGGCAAAAGAGCUGUUCGCUGCACAGCCGAUGAUGCUCGAAUGUUCAGCACCGUUGAACAUUUGCGGGGACAUCCAUGGUCAACUAAGCGACCUGAUCCGAAUAUUCAACAUGGUCGGAUGGCCACCAACUGUGAAUUACUUAUUUCUUGGCGAUUACAUCGACCGUGGACAGUGGAGUGUCGAAACGAUUCUGUUGCUGCUUUUAUUAAAAUUAAAAUUCCCCGACAACUUUUUACUACUGCGUGGUAACCACGAGACUGUGAUUGUAAACAGGAUUUAUGGAUUCUACGAAGAUCUCGUCCGUCGAUUUGGCACACCUCGUUUGUUUAACUCUUUCCAGGAUGUUUUCGCCGUGAUGCCUAUGUCUGCAAUAGUUUCUGAUCGGAUUCUUUGCAUGCACGGAGGUCUCUCGCCACAGCUACUAAGUGCCGCGUCCAUCGAUAUUCUUAACAGGAUCGCCCGUCCUGUCCCGGAUCCACCAAAUCCUUCACUUCCGCUCGAUUUGCUUUGGGCCGAUCCUGACAUAAACAUAAAGAAGUUCAAGUUUAGCAUACGAGGUGUAAGUUGCACCUUUGGACCGGAUGUGUUGCAGACUGUGCUGGAGAAAUUCGGAUUAGAUCUUGUGGCAAGAGCUCAUCAGGUCGUACAAGACGGAUAUGAAUUCUUCUCAAAUCGUAAGCUGGUCACAAUCUUCUCUGCUCCACACUAUUGUGGACAAUUCGACAACGCAGCAGCAGUGAUGAUUGUUAACGAUGAUCUUCAAUGUUCGUUCAAGAUCCUUCGACCGCUCUUUCCUGGACGAAUUGUAAAAGUUGCAGAGCCACGAGAAGUGACCGUUUACGGUAAAAUGCCAGAAAUUCCACACUAA